UUCUGGGCGGGCUCCCGGGCGUGAGUUCCGGCAUCUGCGCAAAGAUGGUGGAGGAGGAGAGUGUCCGCGUGGUUCGUUGUGGCGGCAGCGAGUUGAACUUCAGGAGAGCGGUGUUUUCUGCAGAUUCUAAGUAUAUCUUCUGUGUUUCUGGAGACUUUGUUAAAGUUCAUAGCACAGCUACAGAAGAAUGUGUACACAUACUGCAAGGGCACAGAAAUCUGGUGACUGGAAUCCAGCUCAACCCCAACAAUCAUCUACAGUUGUAUUCUUGUUCCUUUGAUGGCACCAUUAAGCUAUGGGACUAUAUAGAUGGCAUUUUAAUAAAGACUUUCAUAGUAGGGCAUAAACUUCAUGCCCUCUUUACUCUAGCCUGUGCUGAGGAUUCUGUCUUUGUUAUAAUAAAUAAAGAAAAACCAGAUGUUUUUCAGCUGGUUUCAGUGAAACUGCCAAAAUCAUCAAGCCAGGAAAUAGAAGCUAAGGAGCUCUCCUUUGUUUUGGAUCAUAUAAACCAGUCACCCAAGUGCAUUGCCUUUGGAAAUGAGGGAGAAUAUGUUGCUGCAGUACGGGACUUUUACUUGUCUGUCUAUUUUUUCAAAAAGAAAACAACAUCGAGGUUUACUUUAUCAUCAUCAAAAAAUAAGAAACAUGCUAAGAACAAUUUUACAUGUGUAGCAUGUCACCCAAAGGAAGAUUGCAUAGCAACUGGUCACAAGGAUGGCAAAAUUCGUCUUUGGAGGAAUUUUGAUGAUGGUAAGAAAUACACAUACACAUGUUUACAUUGGCACCAUGAUAUGGUUAUGGAUUUGGCUUUUUCAGUGACAGGCACCAGUCUUCUGAGUGGUGGUCGUGAAUCUGUCCUUGUAGAGUGGCGAGAUGCAACAGAGAAGAAUAAGGAGUUCCUCCCCCGUUUGGGAGCUACUAUUGAACAUAUCUCAGUCUCACCAGCAGGGGAUUUGUUCUGUACUUCUCACUCUGAUAACAAGAUUAUAAUAAUUCACCGAAACCUUGAGGCAUCUGCAGUAAUUCAAGGCCUAGUGAAAGACAGCAGUAUCUUUACCGGUUUGAUGAUUGAUCCCAGAACUAAAGCUUUGGUUUUGAAUGGAAAACCUGGCCAUUUGCAGUUUUAUUCUCUGCAGCAUGAUAAGCAGUUAUACAAUUUAGAUAUUAUACAGCAAGAAUAUAUCAAUGAUUAUGGUCUGAUCCAGAUUGAGCUAACAAAGGCUGCAUUCGGCUGCUAUGGUAACUGGCUUGCAACAGUGGAACAACGUCAAGAAAAGGAAACAGAGCUUGACUUGCAGAUGAAACUGUGGAUGUAUAAUAAGAAAACACAAGGGUUUGUUCUUAAUACAAAGAUUAACAUGCCACAUGAAGACCACAUCACAGCUCUCUGUUUCUGUAAUGCAGAAAAAUUUGAAAACCCCACCUUGGUUACAGCUAGUAAAGAUGGUCACUUCAAAGUGUGGAUAUUAACAGAUGAUUCUGAUAUAUACAAAAAAGCUGUUGGCUGGACCUGUGACUUUGUGGGUAGUUAUCACAAAUACCAAGCAACUAACUGUUGUUUCUCUGAAGAUGGCUCUCUACUAGCAGUUAGUUUUGAGGAAAUAGUUACAAUAUGGGAUUCAGAGACAUGGGAACUUAAAUGUACAUUUUGUCAACGAGCUGGGAAUAUAAGGCACCUUUGCUUUGGGAGAUUGACUUGUUCAAAGUAUCUUCUUGGUGCUACUGAAAAUGGCAUUCUUUGCUGUUGGAAUCUGCUCAGUUGUGCAUUGGAAUGGAGUGCAAAAUUAAACAUUAGAGUUAUGGAACCUGAUCCUCAUUCAGAGAAUAUUGCUGCAAUCUCUCAGUCUUCGGUGGGUUCAGACUUGUUUGUAUUUAAACCCAGUGAGCCAAGACCAUUGUAUAUUCAAAAGAAUAUCUCCAGAGAGGAAGUUCAGUGGGGAGUGUUUGUUCCGCGAGAUGUGCCUGAAUCAUUCACCUCAGCUUACCAGUGGCUGAACAGAUCCCAGUUUUACUUCCUAACAAAGUCACAGAGUUUAUUGACAUUCAGUACAAAGUCUCCAGAAGAGAAACUCACACCAACAAGCAAACAGCUACUAGCAGAAGAAAGUCUUCCAACAACACCGUUUUAUUUCAUAUUGGGAAAGCACAGGGAACAGCAGGAUGAAAAAAUAAAUGAGGCUUUGGAGAGUGAACUAGUACAACUACCCUUAACAGAAAACAUACCUGCAAUUAGUGAGCUUCUUCAUACUCCAGCCCAUGUAUUGCCAUCUGCUUCUUUCCUGUGCUCCAAGUUUGUAAAUUCACUGCUGCUGUCUAAGGAGACAAAGAGUGGUGAAGAAGUCCCUGAUGAUGUAGAUAUGGAAGAAGAAAAAGAAAGUGAUGAUUCAGAUGAAGAAAAUGAUUUUACUGAAAAGACCCAGGAUACAAACGACACAGAUUUGGGAGAAGACAUUAUACACCAGUUGUCAAAAUCUGAAGAAAAAGAACUAAGAAGAUUCAGGAAAGUAGACUACAGCUGGAUAACUGUUCUUUGAGCCUUGGAGAUGGAAGGUUCUUGCAUUUUGUUUGUUUUUUUUUUUUAAUUAUAUAUUGAUACUCCAAAAACAUCUACUUGAUGUUAUUUCUCUCCUUAAAAUAUUAAAUAUGAACAGGCUUUACUUUUUAAAUAAUUGGUAAUACAAAGCUGUGUUUGCAUCAUGCAUUAGAGUUGCUGGGUGCAUUCAUAUACACACCAUCUCAUUUUUACAGCCUUAGAAAUAUCUAGCUAUUUUCUUCACAAGCAAUUACAGCGUAUGUCGCCUUAUCUGCAAGUUGGAGAUACAAAAGUUUUUGUUGAUGAUAUUGUUAACAGCAAAAUUUACUUGGUGGCCAAUAGGACCUAAACAGAUGUGUUGUUUUCUUUAGUCCUGCUUCAUACAUCUUAGUGUGUUUAUUACUCAGAGAAAUUUAGAGAAAUAAUUUGAUUAUGUGGUGUUCCACAGACCACAUCGAGGGUAUUAAAUCAUAAUAAUAAUAUGGGCCGCCUAAAAUCUGAAAAAUUCUAAAGUGAAAUCAUUUGGCACCAAGCCUUUCAGAUAAGGGCUUAUCUAACUCUACUUGGAAAGCCUUGGAAGAUAUAAGAGCUGCUAUUACUUUGUCAGUGUUAUGGGUGUAGGAACCACUACUUUUUAACCAAAGUCCCAUUGCUAGUAGACUAGGAUCCAAGCCUCUGUAUUAUAUUUAAGUAGUGAGGUGACUAUUUUUUAACCAUUUAGCAUUUGGAGUUUUCCUAUUUUACUCCUAUUAAACUGACAUUAAAAAGUUAACACAAAAACAGUAAAGUAUACAACUUUACAGUCCAAGAUAGUGUCAUAGGAAGACCCUGAACUCACCUCCUCCACAGACACACCAAAUCUAUACCUGUUUCUGGAGCACUUCCUCCAGAAGAACUGAGGGCUGACUGAACAGCUUCUGCACAACAAAAGACAGACUACAUACAGAACAGCAAGAGAGACAGUAAUGAAGAGCAAACUGCAGUGGGGUGAGAUAAUACUGAAGAACCACAUGCAAGCAGAUUUGUCUGCCCUGGGGCACAGGAACAAAAGCCAUGGUUUAAAAGAGCAACUAGAAUGUAAGUAUUCAGCCCUAGAACUGCCAACCGGUGGGAGAGCUGCUGGAACUUUCUCCAAGUUGGAAGGCCUGGUGGGUGCCACAGUUUAUGUUCUCUCUCCAUAUUGGAUAGCAUGGAUGGGAGUAAGGUCAGGGCACCCUAACCAGCCUACCACUUCAGUGAGUCCCUGGCCCCUAGCCCAUACCAGCCCCAGCCAUCCCACCAAAGUGGCCCCAUUGUGGUAUACACUGGACACCCCUGUUCAGGCCUCAUUGUGGUUCCAGGCAUCUUGCCAAGGUGACAUGGGUGCAGAGCACCCUGGAACACUCCAAGCCCAGACAUCCUACCAGGGCAGCCCCAGCAGAGUGAACUGGGAUCUCCAGCCCAUGCCAGCCACAGCGCCAGCCAGCCAAAGUCGCCAGGCAUACACAGUUUAUAUAGAAGAUGACCAUACACAAGACCAUUCAAGUUUAGGAGAAGUAGCGGAUCCACUUAAUAUAUAGACACAUACACAGAAAGUCAAGCAAAUUGAGACAGAAUAUGCUCCAAAUGAACAAGACCAAACCUCAGAGAACUAAGUGAAAUGGUGAUAGGCAAUAUGCCUGAUAGAAUUUGAAGUAAUGAUCAUAAAGAUGCUCACCAGACUGGAAAGAAGAGUAGAAUAACUCAACUUCAAUAAAGAGAAAAUACAGAAAACCAAUUAGAGUUGAAUGCAAUAACUGAAAUGAAAAAUAAACUAGAGGGAAUCAACAGAGAAUGCAGAAGAAUAGAUCAGCAAUCUGGAAGACAGGCUAAUGGAAAGCACCCAAGCUGAACAGAAAAAAAAAAAAAAAAAUUUACAAACUGAAGAUAGGAUAAGGAAUAUGUUGGACAACAUCAAGCCAACAAACAUUCACGUAUAGGGGGCCCCAAAAGAAAAAAGUUUCAGGCAGAAAACUUAUUUGAAGAGAGAAUAGCUGGAAACUCCCCUAACCUGAAGAAGGAAGACACCCAGGUUCAGAAAGCACAAAGAGUUCCAAACAAAAUGAAACCAAGGAGGUCGAUACCAAGACACAUAAUUAAAAUGUCAAAGAUUCGGGGCACCUGGGUGACUCAGUUGGUUACGUGUCUGCCUUCAGCUCAAGUUAUGAUCCCAGGGUCCUGGGAUUGAGCCCCACAUUGGGAUCUCUGCACAGUGGGGAGCCUGCUUGUGCUCUCCUGCUCUCUGUCAAAUAAAAUCUUUAAAAAAUAAAAAAUGUCAAAGAUUAAAGAUAGAGAAUUUUAAAAGCAGCAAGAGAGGCAAAUAGUCAUGUAAAAGGGAAACCCCACAAGGCUAUCAGCUGAUUUUUCAGCAGAAACUGCAGGUCAGAAGGGAGUGACAUGAUCUAUUGAAAGUGCUGAAAGGAGGGGCACCUGGGUGGCUCAGUCAUUAAGCGUCUGCCUUUGGCUCAGGUCAUGAUCCCAGGGUCCUGGGAUCGAGCCCCACAUCAGGCUCCCUGCUCAGUGGGAAGCCUGCUUCUCCCUCUCCCCCACUUGUGUUCCCUCUCUCGCUGUGUCUCUCUCUGUCAAAUAAAAAGUAAAAUCUUUAAAAAAAAAAAAAAAUGCUGAAAGGAAAAAAACCCUACAACCAACGAUACUCUACCUAGCAAGGUUAUCAUUCAGAAUUGAAGGAGAAAUAAAGUUUCCCAGAUAAAUAAAAGUUAAAGGACUUCAUCACCACUAAACAGGCCUUAUAAGAAAUGUUAAAAGGAGCUUCUUUAAAUGAAAAAAAAAGUAGAAAUAGAAAAAUUAUGAAUAAAGAUAGAAAAUGUUUAUACAUGAAACAUGGAGUAAAAGUUCUUUUAGAAUGUGUUCAAACAAGUGAUUAUCAAUAAUAUAGACUAUACUUAGAAUGUCAUAGAUGAACCUCAUGGUAACCACAAACCCAAAACCUAUAAUAGGUACACAAAAAAUAAAAAGCCAAGCAUAACAUUAAAGAAAAUCAUCAAUCACAAGGAAAGCAGGCAAGAGAAGAAAGGAACAGAGAAGUACUAAGAAAACCAGAAAGCAACAAUGGCAGUAAGUACAUACCUAUUAAUAAUUAACCUUAAAUGGUCUAAAUACUUCAAUCCAAAGACAUAGAAUGGUGGAGGAAAGAAAGAUUUAAUGUGCUGCCUAUAAGAGACUUCAGACCUUAAGAUACAGACAAACGGGGGCGCCUGGGUGGCUCAGAUGGUUAAGCAUCUGCCUUCGGCUCAGGUCAUGAUCUCAGGGUCCUGGGAUCGAGUCCCGCAUCGGGCUCCCUGCUCCUUGGGAACCUGCUUCUCCCUCUGCCUCUCUCUCUCUCUUUCUCUCAUGAAUAAAUAAAUAAAAUCUUUAAAAAAAAAAAAAGAUACAGACAAAUGGAAGUGAAAGAGUAACAAUAUUUAUAUUAGACAAAAUAGACUUUAAAACAAAAACUAUAGCAAGAGACAAGGGCAUUACCUAAUGAUAAAAGGAUCAAUCCAACAAAAAGAUAAAACAACUGUAAAUCCCUAUGCACCCAACAUUAGAGCAACUAAGUACAUAAAGCAACUAUUAACAGACAUAAAGGGAGAAGUUGAUAAUAUUAAUAGAAGAAUAGUAGGAAAUUUUAACACCCCACUUACAUCAAUGGAUAGAUCACCCAGGCAGAAAAUCAAUAAGGAAACUGUUUUUGAACAACACGUUAGACCAAAUGGGCUUAACAGAUAUAUUCAGAACAUAGCAUCCAAAAACAUCAGAACACACAUUCUUUUCAAGUGCGCAUGGAACAUUCUCCAGGAUAGAUGACAGGCCACAAAACAAGUCUUAACUAAAUUUUUUUUUUAAAGAUUUUAUUUAUUUGAGAGAGAGUGAGAGGGCAAGGCAGACUCCCCGAUGAGCAAAGAGCCCGAUGGGCUCGAUCCCAGGACCCUGAGAUUAUGACCCGAGCCGAAGGCAGGUGCUUAACUGACUGAGCCACCCAGGUGCCCCAAGUCUUACUAAAUUUAAGACUGAAUUCAUAACACAUCUUUUCUAACCACUAUGGCAAGAAACUAAAAAUCACAAGGAAAAAAAAAUGCUACUAAACAACCAAUGGAUUAAUGAAGAAAUUAAAAACACGGAGGAAAAUGAAAACUGUCCAAAGUCCUUGGGACACAGUGAAAACAGUUCUAAGGAAAAUUUAUAGCAAUCCAGUCCUACCUCAAGAAACAAAAAUCUCAAACAAUCUAACCUUAUACCUAAAGGAACAAAAAAAACCAACAAAAAACAAAGCCCAAGAUAGUAGGCAGGAAAUAAUAAAAAUCAGAACAGAAAUAAGUGAAAUACAGACAAAGUAGAAAAUACCAAACCAAGAGCGGUUUCUUUCAAAAGAUAAAAUUAAUGAAACUUCAGCCACACUCAUCAAGAAAAAUAGAGUACAGAAAAUCAGAAAUAAAAGACAUCACCACCACCACCACCACCACAAAAAUACAAAGGAUUUUGAGACUACUACAAAAAGUUAUAUGCCAACAAAUCAGACAACCUAGAAGAAUUCCUAGAAAUAUAGUCUUCCAAAACAAUCAGGAAUAAGAAAUCUGAAAAACAACUACUAGUAACAAAAUUGAAUUUGUAAUCAAAAAACUCCCUAAAAACGGAAGUCCAGGACCAGAGGGGUUCACAGUGAAUUUUACCAGACAUUUAAAGAGGAGUUAAUACCUAUUCUAAAACUAUUCCAAAAAAUUGAAGAGGAAGGAAAGAUUCCAAAUAAAUUCUACAAGGCCAACAUUACCCUGAUACCAAACCAGACAAAGACAUUACAAAAAGGAAAACUACAGACCAGUAUCCCUGAUGAACAUAAUGCAAAAAUCCUCAACAAAAUAUUAGCAAACUAUUCAAUAAUACAUUGAAGGUAUCGUCUACAAAAUCAAGUGGAAUUUAUUUGGCCGAUGCAAGGAAGCUUCAGUAUUCACAAAUCAACAUGAUACAUUAUCAAAAUAAAGGAUAAAAAUCAGAUCUCAAUAUUUGAAGAGCAUUUGACAAAAUUCAACAUCCAUUCAUGAGAAAACUCAACAAGUGGGUGUAGAGGGAACAUACCUAAACAUAAUUAAGGCAUUAUAUGAAAAACAGCUAACAUACUCCAGUGAAAAACUGAGUUUUUUUCUAAGAACAGGAAUAAGACAAUGAUGUCCACUCAUCACUUUUACUCAACAUCAUAUUAGAAGUCCUAGCCACAGCAACCAGACAAGAAAAAGAAAAGAUACUCAAAUUGGUAAGGAAGAAGUUAAACUAUCACUAUUUGCAGACAACAUAAAAUAUUUUACAUAGGACCUAAAGACUUCAAUACAAAACUAUUAGGAAUAAUAAAUGAAUUAAGUAACAUUGCAGGAUACAAAACUAAUACAAAUCAGUUGUGUUUUCAUACACUAAUAACAAAGCAGAAAGAGAAAUUGAAAAAACAAUCCCAUUUAUAAUUGCAUCAAAAAUAACAAACAUAACCAUGAAGGUGAAAGGCCUUUACUCUGAAAACUAUAAAACACUCUUAUGAAAGAGAUUGAAGACAACACAAACAAAUGGAAAGAUAGUCCAUGCUCAUGGAUUGGAAAAAUUAAUAUUCAAAUGUCCAUGCUACCCACAGCAAUCUAUACAUUCAAUGCAAUCCCUACAAAAUACCAGCAGCAUUUUUCACAGAAUUAGACCAAAUAAUAAAAUUUAUAUGGAAACUCAAAAGACCCUGAAUAGCCAAAGCAAUCUUGAAAGAACAAAUGGAGGUAUCACAUUCCCAGAUUUCAAGAUAUACUACAAAUCUGUAAUAAUCAAAACAAUAUGGAACUGGCACAAAGAUAAGACACAUAGAUCAAUGGAACAGAGCGCCCAGAAAUAAAUCGAUGCUUAUAUGGCCAACUAAUAUACAGCAAAGGAGGUAAGAAUAUACAAUGGGGAAAAGAUGGACUAUUUAAUAAAUGGUGCUGGGAAAACUGGACUGGACAGCUACUUGCAAAAGAAUGACACUGAACCAGUUAUACCAUACACAAAAAUCAGAAUGGAUUAAAGACAUAAAUGUAAGACUUGAAGCCAUAAAACUCCUGGAAGAAAACAGGCAGUAAUUUCUCUGACAUCAGCAAUAGCAACAUUUUUCUAGAUAGGUCUCCUGAGGCUAGGGAAACAAAAAUGAAAAUAAACUAUUGGGACUACACCAAAACAAAAAGCUUUUACACAGCAAAGGAAACCAUCAACAAAAAGGCAACCUGCUGAAUGGGAGAGAGAUUUGCAAAUGACAUCUCUGAUAAGGGCUUAAUAUCCAAAAUAUAUAAAGAACUUCUACAACUCAACACCGUAACAAACAAUCCAAUUAAAAAUGGGCAGAGGACCUGAAUAGACAUUUUUCCAAAGAAGACUAUAGAUGACAGACUCGUGAAAAGAUGCUCAACAUCACUCACUAAUCAACAGAGAAAUACAAAUCAAAACCACAUGAGAUAUUACCUAGACCAGCUAAAGUCAAAAAGACAAGAAAUAACAAGUAUUAGAAAGGAUGUUGAGAGAAAGGAACCCUCAUGAACUGUCAGUGGGAAUGUAAAUUGGUACAGGCAUUGUGGAAAAUAGUAUGGAGGUCCUCAAAAAAUUUUAAAGUAGAAAUACCAAAUGAUCCAGUAAUUCCACUACUGGGUAUUUAUCCAAACCAAAAGAAAACACUAAUUUGAAAAGAUAUAUGCACCCCUGUGUUUACUGUAGCAUUAUUUACAAUAGCCAAGAUAUGGGGAGCAACCUAAGUAUCCAUUGACAGAUGAAUGGAUAAAGAUGUAGGGUGUGUGUGUGUGUGUGCACGCACAUGUGCACAUGUGUCUGUGUAAAAAAUGGAAUAUUACCCAGCCAUAAAAAAGAACAAGAUCUUGCAUUUGUGACAUGGAUGGAGCUAGAGGGUAUUAUACUAAGUGAAAUGAAUCAGAAAGAUAAAUACCAUAAGAUUUCAUUUACAUGUGGAAUCUUAAAAACAACAUAAAUGAACAGACCCAUUCAGAGAAUAAAUUGGUGGUUGUCAGAGGGAAGGAGGUAGGAGGAUGGGCAAAAUGGGUGAAGAGGAAUGGGAGAUACAGGCUUUCAGUUACGGCAUGAAUUAGUCAUGAGGAUAAAAGUUUCCACAUAGGGAAUAUAAUCAGUGAUAUUGUAAUAGUGUUGUAUGGUGACAGAUGAUUGCCCCUGGUGAGCAUAGAGUUGUUGCAUCACCAUGUUGUACACCUGAAACUAAUAUAACAUUGUGUGUCAACUAUACCUCAAUUAAAAACAAAACAGUAAAGUAUACAAAUCGUAAGAGCACAUCUCAACAAAUAUUAACGAAAAUGCUAUAAAUGGCUUUUCAGUGUGUUUGAGUCAGUAUCCAAGGCCUAUACAAUUUUUUUAAAUAAUAGCAAGGUUGAGAUGUAACUCACACACUAUACAAUUCACUCAUUUAAAGUGUACAAUUCAGUAGUUUUUUAGAAUAUUCACAGUUGUAUAUCAUCACCACAAUCAGUUUCAGAUUAUUUUCAUCACCCCAAAACUCAGUGCAUUAGCUAUCACUUCCCAUUUCUCCCAACCUACCCCAUCCCACACCUUAGGCAAAGAUAAUACUUCUGUCCUUUCAGAUUUGUUUAUAUGGACAUUUCAUAUAAAUGGAAUCCUAUCAUAUAUGUGGUCUUUUUUUGGCUGGUUUCUUUCCUUUAGCAUUCGUGCUAUACUAUGAAUCAGUAUAUCAUUCCUUUUUAUUAUUUUCAUUUCUCCUGGGUAUAUACCUAAGAGUGGAAUUACCGAGUUACUUGGUAAGUCUGUUUAACUUUUUGAAGAAUCACAAGACUUACAAAUCAGUCACAGAAUUUUACAUUAUUUACAUUAUGUGGAACAUUCAUUGUUCCAUAAUCUGGUCCAUUAAAUUUAGGUCCCUUUGCAGGGUUAUGUUUUGAGGCCAGUCUUUGAGGUUUUUUUCUGAUCCCAGGAGGAUGUUUUUUAGCUGUCUCUUCCUGUUUCUCUCUGGUAAACUAGCUGGUUUAUAGUUUAGUUUAUUGCACUGAUGGAGCUACUUACAAACCUCAUUUUAAUUGCUUAUCACCAAAAUCUCCAUUGUUUUCAGGGACACCCUUAGGCUCGAACUUUAUUUCAAAUAAUGUCAGAGCUCUCUAUUCUUAUGGAUUGACCCUGGGCAAAAUCUGUCAGCCACAGCUCCAGAACUAGGGUAGACACAAUGGCCCUUUCUCUCAUAGUGACACCCUGCUUUACAAACUGGGAGGGACAACACCCUCGACUUUGCUUAUUUGCUCAUCUCUCCUCUUGGAACCUUUGCCCUAAGCAAGGUGGGGUAGGGAUGACCAGGACUCCAGUAUUCUCAGCCUGCUCUCAGCCUAGGGAGUAGGGCAUACUGACAUAGUUACAAAUAAAUUUCAUUAUUUUGCCAUAUUGAUGCUGACAUGGUACUUCCAAGUUUAAGAAAUACUUAUUUUUUGCAGCUAUAUAUGAAAGAUUCCAUAGUUUCAAAUCAAAUAAAUUUAGAACAUACCUUUUUAAAAUAAUUAUUAUACAGUCUGAGUAGUUACUUUGUAUGGAUUUAAUUAUUUUUUCUAAAAAGUUGUUCACUCUACACUAAAACAUGACAACACUGUUGGGAAGAAUUAUUCUAAUUAUUCCUCUUCCAACAUUAAUAUAUAUAUAUAUACUGUUUCUUUUUCCAAAGACAACUAUACAAAUAAAAGCAAAAUGGCCAUUUUAGUCAUUAAAAUCUGGACCUGUCCAGCAGAUUUGUAGUGCUGACCCUCCAGGUUUUUUUUUUUUUUUCCCCACAAAGAACUAGACUGGUUCCAUCAUAAUAAGUGAACUAAUAAAGAUUAUUCCCCUUGUCUCCUCCCUCAUUUAUCUAAUUUAUCUGUCCAUGAACCCGUUACUUGGUGCUUUCACUGGGGCAGCCUGUACUUCAGGAAGUUCACAGCCUCAGUCUCAUGGGGGAUGGAUAAACCACAUGUUAACCACUUGCUACAUGCCACACAUUUCACACACAUCACACUUUCUCCACAAGUCUAUAUGUCAGGUAGUCACCCCAAUUUGACAAAUAAGGAAACUGGCUCCAGAGAGCGCAAGUAAGUUGUAUCUAGAUCACUGGCCUCAAGAAGUGGGGUUAAGACACAAACCCUUCCCCAUCAAAUUCUAAAUCCUAUGCUCUUUCUAGAAUAGCACAUGGUCUCCCAGGCACUUAAGACAGCUACUUAUCAUUACAAAGGCAUCUGUAACUGGGGAAGAAUCAGGAUAAGAAACAAACAGAAUAGAGAGCCCAGGUUUAGACCGUCCCAGCCACAGACAAGAGGUAGCUAGCUCUGUGACCUGGCUGAAGGCAUUCAAGCUGCUGAACUUUAGCCCCCUCAUAUGUAAAAUGAAGCUCUCCCACCUUAUGCAAAUUGUUUUGAUUAUCUGACUAGUACUGUCAUGUUCCAAAUACAGGAAAAGUAUAUAAAAUUAAGAUAUUUUAUGAGAUUAUGCACUUGGUUAUAUGCAAAUUUUUAAUGAAAAGCUAACUGAACACCUACAUAUUAAUUAGAAUAAGCUCACUGUUAAUGUGCUGGAACAAUGUUCCUCUUUGUUUUGUUUUGUUUUCCUUAUCAUAGACUAGCAACCAGUACAGAAAUCAUAAAAUAUAUUGUAACAUUGUAAUAAUGCGUCUGAAAUAAUUUGGGGUCUCUGUACUAUGACUAUAAUGGACCCUUCAACAGAAACCUAUUAAGUUGAACAUAACUGCUUGGUUAAAAUUAACUAAGUCUUACAAAUGGCAUUGAUUUUUCUAUGAGGCUGUUUUAUCUAAAAAUUUUGCUUGCUUCUGUUAGCUGUUUCUUGAAAGCCAUGAAAAUGGCAAAAUUGUCUUACAACAAAGUCAAGAUUCUGUAACACCACACAAUCCUAAAUGAAGUAGUAAAAGCUAAGACCCAGAGAGAAUUUAGGAUCCCAGGUAGAUUGGUUAUCAUUGAGAUUAAAGAGAAAUAAAAAUGGAAGUAACUGGGAUUUGAUAGUAGUAUACCACAGAGUGGUUAAUGUGAGCAGAAUACAAUGAACCAGAGAGAUGCAAUCAAUGACUGAACUAUUCAAAUAGCUUUUGCUUUUCAAAACCCAUGAACAAACCACUUACUCUCUGAAUCACAGUUCCUCCCUCUAAAUUGCAGAAUUAAAAUGAUCUCUUCCAGCUCUGAUACUCUGUGACCACAAAACAAAGAUGCCAGAGUGGUACAUUACAGUACCAUUCCCACCCCAUGCCCCAAAAUGCCAAGAAUCUGGUCUUGCAAGUACUAAAUUUGUGGUAUCUGUAUAUAAAUAUGUGCUUAGUUAUCUUAGUUUCCUAUCUUCAAGCAUAACAUACCUCUAGCUUGGAAACUCCUUAGGAGAUCAGAGCACUUAGUUCACAAAAUGAAAUAAUCAGACAUGAAAGUGCACCAGUUCCUCCCAUUGUUGUGUAGAGUUUUGAUAAUCCUUGUUACUCAGUGGUUGCCCACUUUAACGGAAGGACGAAUAUAAGUGCUCUGAAAACAAUCACUUUAAAUGCAAAUAUUGAUAUUAUAUUCUAGCUCACAUAGGAAGGUAACAUUAAACUUCUUG